AUGGAUGCAGCAGGGGCAGUGCGGAGGACCGCAUCGGCAGGGGAGCAGGAGGUCAGUGCAUUUGGAGACGAUGGAGAAGGAGAUAUCUUAGAUGACUGGACUGUACUCUGCAAUGGGGAAUUCUGGCAGCGCAAUGAAGAAGUGAGGUUCAAGCACGCGUCUACAAACGUACUGCUGUCUGUCACAGGAGAACAAUAUGGGCGUCCUAUAAAUGGACAGAGAGAAGUGUAUGGCAUGACCUACGCAGGUCCACAUAACUACUGGAAAGUGAUGGAAGGUAUCUUCAUGAAACCUAGUGAACCUCCACGGACUGACUUCACUCACUCCGAGUUAUGAUAGGACUCAGACUGGUCUAGGUCUUUCAGUCUUCUUAACCAUACAGUGUUGACUUCCCUGAGGAUUUCUCCAGGGUCCCACAAAGUACACUUUGAAGAGCAAUUAACAGUGAAAUAUGGGGCACAGUUUGGAUGUUGCACCCUUGUGUCAUUUAUUAUUAUUAUUAUUAUUAUUAUUAUUAUUAUUAUUAUUUCAUAUUUUAUGUUAUGGCAGCAAAGGGCCGGACUGAUCUGUGAGCAUGACUGCAGUUGAAAAAAAUAUCAUUCUGU